CCCUGAAAGCGACGAAAAGUCGUGGCUUUGAAAGCGACGCCAUUUUAACUCAAAUUUGCCAGUUUUUCUUCUUCGUCUACUUUGCCUCGAGAACCUAAUGAAGUUAGACCCUGUUCGUGAAUUUCAUUACCGUGGAUCGUGAUAGGUUGAUUCGGUUGGAUUGCUGGGAGCGCAACUUGGGGGACGCCGACAGUUUAUUUCCUAGACAGUCGCCUAUAUAAAGGUCCACCAAGCCCUCCCCACUUUAUCAACAUAGUAAGAGCGCCACGAGAGAGAGAGAGAGAGAGAGAGAGAGAGAGGAUGAGAUCAGGAGCUUGUUCUGCUCUUCUUCUUCUUCUUCUUCUUCGUCUGCUGUUGAUUCAUGGUCUCUCCUUGCCGCUCGCAAGCUCAAGAACCACCGUCCACAGAGGCCAAUUCCCUCCCUCCUUCCUGUUUGGCACCGCCACUUCCUCUUUCCAGAUUGAAGGGGCCUACCUGCAGGGGAACAAAAGUCUCAGCAAUUGGGAUGUCUUCUCACACAUACCAGGCAAAAUAGAAGAUGGAAGCAAUGCUGACGUGACGGAUAAUCACUAUAAUCUCUUUAUGGAAGAUAUAGAGUUGAUGUGUGAUCUCGGGGUGGAUGCAUACAGGUUUUCCAUAUCUUGGUCUAGAGUUCUUCCUAAGGGAAGAUUCGGGGAGGUCAAUUCAGAAGGCAUUGAGUUCUACAACAAUCUCAUUGAUGCCCUUUUGGUCAAAGGGAUAAAGCCGUUUGUGACGUUGAACCAUUACGACAUUCCUCAACUGCUCGAAGACCGGUAUGGUGGGUGGUUGAGUUCCGAAAUACAGCUGGAUUUUGGCUACUUUGCACAAGUCUGUUUCGAAGCUUUCGGAGAUAGAGUGACUUAUUGGACCACAUUUAAUGAGCCCAACGUGUUCAUCUAUGAUGGUUACGUGGUGGGGACUUACCCUCCCGGCCGGUGUUCCUACCCAUUCGGCAAUUGCUCCUACGGCGACUCCGCUCUAGAACCCUACAUUGCAACCCACAAUCUGGUGUUGUCCCAUGCCACGGCCGCUCAAAUUUACCGGAAGAAUUACCAGGAAAAACAAGGAGGAAUGAUUGGUAUAGUGAUUUCUGCUGCAUGGUACGAGCCGUACAGCGACACUCCGGCCGAUCGUUUGGCUGUCCAACGAGCUUUAGCUUUCGAUUUUGCAUGGUUUGUAGACCCUUUCGUAUAUGGAGAUUAUCCGCCGGAGAUGCGUCAAAUCGUGGGUUCGAGAUUGCCGACAUUUUCGGCGGAAGAGCGGAACAGACUCGACGCAAAGUUGGAUUUCAUUGGAAUAAAUCACUACACGACUAAAUACGCGAAGGACUGCAUGUUCUCUCCGUGCACUUCGCCUUACUCUCUAGGGGAGGCGUUCGUGUAUGUCACCGGAGAAAAGGAUGGAGUUUACAUCGGCGAACGGACUGCAAUGUCGGAUUUCUUCAUCGUUCCGAGGGGCAUUGAAGGGAUCGUUACCUACGUCAAAGAAAGAUACAACAACACGCCCAUGUUCAUCACCGAAAACGGGUACGCGCAAUUUGCGGGUCCAAUCGAUGACUCGCUGAAUGACACAAAGAGAAUAGAGUACCAUGAGGGCUAUCUUGCCGUCUUAAGUGAAGUUGUGAGAAAAGGAGCCGAUGUGAGGGGAUAUUUCAUCUGGUCUCUACUAGACAACUUCGAAUGGCUCCAUGGAUAUUUGGUCCGAUUUGGGCUGCAUUAUGUGGACUUCCAAACACUGAAGAGAACACCCAAAUGGUCAGCGACGUGGUACAAGGAGUUCCUCUCUGAAGGCAAUAAUACUCGACCGAUUCGGAAAACAUCCACCUACGAAAUGUAGCAUCGUGUGUCUUGGAAACAAUUAUCAUGUGUGUAAUAAUAGAAUAUCCUUGCGAUAUUGUCUUAACUUGAUCACAUGGUAAGUCAAGUUGGGGUCCUAAUUUUUUUGAGUGCCCCAGGUUGUAUUUGAGACAGUGAACAGCAAAUGCUUGUAUACACAAUGGAUUUUUUACUUCUAAAAUCUGGAACUAAGCUGUAUUUCUAC